UUUAUAUUUAUAUAAAUAGAAAAGAAAAUACUUGGAGAAGGGGAAAACUUAAACCCUCACCAUCUCAUCUCUAAAACCCUAUUCGCUACUUCUUCUUCUUCUCCAAAAAUCUUGAGCAAUCAUGUAUCGAUUCGCACUCAAUCUUGCUUCUAAAUCCAGGAUUGCUAGCAACAGAACUCAACAGAUUAGAAGUAAAUUGAAUUGGAGCAGAAAUUACGCAGCUAAAGACAUCAAAUUUGGAGUUGAUGCUAGGGCUUUAAUGCUUAGAGGCGUUGAAGAGCUUGCUGAUGCUGUUAGAGUCACUAUGGGCCCAAAGGGGCGUAAUGUGGUGAUUGAACAAAGUUACGGAGCACCGAAAGUAACAAAAGACGGUGUAACCGUUGCCAAAAGCAUCGAAUUUAACGAUAAAGUCAAGAACGUUGGUGCAAGUCUUGUGAAACAAGUUGCUAAUGCUACAAACGAUGUUGCCGGUGAUGGUACGACUUGUGCAACGGUCCUUACACGUGCGAUAUUCGCGGAAGGGUGCAAAUCGGUUGCGGCUGGUAUGAAUGCAAUGGACCUCAGACGGGGUAUUUCCAUGGCGGUUGAUGCGGUUGUAACAAACUUGAAGAGUAGGGCCCGUAUGAUAAGCACGUCUGAGGAAAUCACACAGGUGGGUACGAUUUCGGCAAACGGAGAACGUGAAAUCGGUGAACUGAUAGCUAAAGCUAUGGAGAGAGUUGGGAAAGAGGGCGUCAUCACAAUUCAAGACGGGAAGACGUUGUAUAAUGAACUAGAAGUUGUCGAGGGAAUGAAGUUGGACAGGGGCUACAUAUCGCCUCAUUUCAUUACAAACCAAAAAAAUCAGAAAUGUGAACUAGACGACCCUCUUGUUCUAAUAUACGAGAAGAAGAUUUCGAACAUUAAUUCGGUUAUCAAAGUGUUAGAGUUGGCACUGAAGAAACAAAGGCCGCUGUUAAUAGUCGCUGAAGAUGUGGAAAGUGAUGCAUUGGCUACCUUAGUUCUUAACAAGCUUCGUGCUGGAGUCAAGGUUUGUGCUAUAAAAGCACCUGGUUUUGGUGAGAACAGAAAGGCGAACAUGCAAGAUCUUGCCACUCUUACUGGUGGUCAGCUUAUAACCGAAGAACUCGGUAUGAAUCUCGACAAUCUAGAGCCAGAAAUGCUUGGCUCUUGUAAAAAGGUGACUGUAUCGAAAGAUGACACUGUCGUGCUUGAUGGUGCUGGUGAUAAAAAGUCUAUUGAAGAACGAUGUGAACAGAUAAGAUCAGCAGUCGAGUCUAGCACGUCUGAUUAUGAUAAAGAGAAAUUGCAAGAAAGGUUAGCCAAGCUUUCUGGUGGUGUUGCUGUACUUAAGAUUGGGGGAGCUAGUGACACUGAAGUAGGUGAAAAGAAAGAUAGAGUUACAGACGCUUUAAAUGCAACAAAAGCGGCUGUCGAGGAAGGAAUUGUUCCAGGUGGUGGCGUUGCUCUUCUGUAUGCAUCUAAAGAAUUGGAUAAGCUGCAAACAGCCAAUUUUGAUCAGAAAAUUGGCGUUCAGAUUAUUCAAAAUGCACUAAAGAUGCCAGUUCAUACAAUUGCUUCUAAUGCCGGAGUGGAAGGUUCGGUUGUGGUUGGUAAGCUAUUAGAGCAGGAUGACCCGGAUCUUGGGUAUGAUGCAGCUAAAGGUGAAUAUGUGGACAUGGUGAAAAACGGUAUCAUUGACCCGUUGAAAGUGAUUAGAACAGCCUUAGUUGAUGCAGCAAGUGUGUCCUCUUUGAUGACCACCACCGAAGCUAUUGUGGUUGAACUCCCUCAACCGGCUAGUGAAGCGGCUCCAGGAAUGGGUGGUGGAAUGGGCGGCAUGGGCGGGGGAAUGGGUGGCAUGGGCUUUUGAUCUGCCAUGUGAUCCCGCGACUGAUUGACAUACAUUCUACUGACAAAAUAAACACACGAAAGGCUGGCUCGUGUGAUUUUAAUUUGAGAGGUAAGGGGUUUUUUUUUUUUUUUUUUUUUUUUUUUUUCUACUGGCAUUUGGCUUAUGAGCAACUUGAUUAGCGUGCGGACAUUUAUUGAAGUAAAGUUCUAUGAACAAUUCUUGAUCAUUAUAUUAUUGCAUUGUUGCUUAAUAUCUUUUUACAAA